ACUGGAAGAAGCAAGUGUUUCCUUUGGGCUUGCUUGCUGCUAGGUUUAGUAGCAACAUUCAGCCCAUAUAUGUGCUAAGUUUGGCGCCUAACUAAAAGGCGUUUAACUAUCUUGUUUAAUAAUAUUUUUUUCUGCAUGUUAAUAUUGCAGAUUAGCCUGCGAGGUGAGCGUAACCUUGCCUGAAAAGCAUCUUUGAACAUAAUUGGAACACGAAAUUACGAUGCCAUCCCCGAUGGAGGGAUCUUCCAGAGAAGGUGACCUCUUUACUGUGAAACAUGAGCUGAAACAUGCCAACCUGACAGGCCAUGUAGAGAGGGUGGGCAUUGAAAACUUUGAGCUUUUAAAGGUGCUCGGCACAGGAGCAUAUGGCAAGGUGUUCCUGGUGAGGAAAGUGAGUGGUCAUGAUGCAGGGAAGCUGUAUGCCAUGAAGGUGUUGAAGAAGGCCACUAUUGUACAAAAGGCAAAGACUGCUGAACACACACGGACGGAGCGGCAAGUGCUGGAGCACAUCCGCCAGUCUCCGUUCCUCGUUACACUUCACUAUGCCUUCCAGACGGAUACCAAGCUGCACCUCAUUCUCGAUUAUGUAAAUGGUGGGGAGCUCUUCACACAUUUGGUGCAGAGGGUGCGAUUUAAGGAACAAGAAGUUGCCUUGUACAGUGGAGAGAUUGUGUUGGCACUAGAACAUCUACACAAGCUCGGGAUUGUCUACCGGGACCUGAAACUAGAGAAUAUUUUGCUGGAUUCAAGUGGUCAUAUAGUUCUCACAGACUUUGGCCUCAGUAAAGAAUUUGAUCAGGUUGAAAGGGCGUUUUCUGUCUGUGGCACGAUUGAAUAUAUGGCUCCAGAAAUUGUGGAAGGAGGAGAGUCCGGACAUGACAAGGCGGUGGACUGGUGGAGCCUCGGCGUGUUGAUGUACGAGCUUUUGACUGGCGGAUCACCCUUCACCGUCGAUGGAGAUGAGAACUCGCACACAGACAUUGCCAAGAGGAUUUCAAAAAAGGAUCCUCCUUUCCCCAAAGAUAUGGGACCUCUGGCCAAAGACCUCAUCCAGCGACUCCUCAUCAAAGAUCCAAAAAAGAGAUUGGGCUCGGGUCCCAAUGGAGCAGAGAAUGUAAAAAAACAUGCGUUUUACCAGAAAAUAAACUGGGAGGACUUGGCAGCUAAGAAGGUGCCUGCCCCGUUCAAGCCUGUGAUCCGGGAUGAGCUGGACGUCAGCAACUUUGCGGAAGAGUUCACAGAGAUGGACCCUACAUACUCCCCUGCAGCUCUGCCUCAGAACUGUGACCGCAUCUUCCAGGGCUACUCUUUCAUGGCCCCCUCCAUCCUGUUCAAGAGGAAUGUGGUGAUGGACGACCCUGUCCAGCUGUGUGGGGGCUCUGAGAGGCCGGGCUCUGCUGCGGUGGCCCGCAGCGCCAUGAUGAAGGACUCUCCUUUCUAUACGAGUUAUGAGAUGGACCUGAAGGACAGUGCUUUGGGAGAGGGUAGCUUCUCCAUCUGCAGACGGUGCACACACAAGAAGACUGGACAGAAAUACGCAGUCAAGAUUGUCAGCAAGAGGAUGGAGGCACAGACUCAGCGGGAAAUAGCAGCCCUGAAGCUCUGCGAUGGCCACCCCAACAUUGUCAAGUUACAUGAAAUUUACCACGACCAGCUCCACACGUACCUGGUUCUGGAGCUGCUCGGUGGAGGGGAGCUGCUAGAGAGGAUCCGCAGAAAGCAACAUUUCAGCGAAACGGAGGCCAGCCGCAUCAUGCGAAAACUGGUGUCCGCUGUCAGUCACAUGCACGACGUGGGAGUGGUGCACAGGGACCUUAAACCGGAGAACCUGCUCUUCACAGACGAGAGUGAGAACUCUGAGAUAAAAAUCAUAGACUUUGGCUUUGCUCGCCUCAAACCACCAGACAAUCAGCUCCUGAAGACUCCCUGCUUCACCCUGCAGUAUGCUGCACCAGAGAUACUCAAGUAUGACGGCUACGAUGAGUCCUGUGACCUGUGGAGUCUCGGGGUCAUUCUGUACACCAUGCUGUCUGGCCAGGUGCCUUUCCAGUGUCAGGAGAAGAGCCUGACCCACACCAGUGCUGAGGAAAUCAUGAAGAAAAUCAAACAGGGAGACUUUUCUUUUGAAGGCGAGGCGUGGAGGAAUGUUUCCCAGCAGGCCAAGGAUCUGAUACAAGAGCUGCUGACGGUGGACCCAAACAAGAGGAUUAAGAUGUGCGGCCUGCGUUACAAUGCCUGGCUCCAGGAUGACAGCCAGCUUUCCUCCAACCCUCUCAUGACCCCGGACAUCCUCGGCUCAUCCACUGCCUCCGUCCACACUUACGUCAAAGCUACCUUUAAUGCAUUUAACAAAUGUAAGCGGGAAGGUUUCCGCCUGCAGACGGUGGACAAAGCGCCACUAGCCAAGAGGAGGAAGAUGAAAAAGACAAGUACCAGCACAGAGACCCGCAGCAGUUCCAGCGAGAGCACCCAUUCCUCGUCCUCCUCCUCCCAGUCUCAGGAGAAGAAUUUUCGAGAGGGCAACACCAAGCCGCAGCUCUCCGACAACACGCCUCUCACCACGCCUGUCAACACACCUGUGGCCCUGGGGACGGACUCUGAGCACCAACCAGAGCAUCCAGCCUUUCACUUCUCAGAAGGACAGUGAGACAGCGAGAGGUAAAAAGGGAGAUUUGGACAGUUUCGUGAACCCGCAGGAUGGCUUGGACCACUGUAGAGACGGCCCUCUUCUUUUUCUCUCCGUCCCUGGCAGCUCUCUGCCUCUAGCUCAAUUGCAUGGACGUCCGCACGUCUCCAAAACCAAGCAUGCAGCAGGAGCAGCAACCGUCACCUCAAUAUCAAUCAAUCAUCACUAGCAAUAGCCUAUCCUUUUUUUCUUUCUCUCCCACUUUCACACACAGACUGUAUCAAUCAGGGACUGGACCAGGAAGAAGUCGUCACCAGUGUCCAAAAUGAAAAGGGCUGCCCUACUGCCCCAGGUCCAGACAGACAAUGGAGAGACUUCUUUAGUCUCGUCAUAAUAUCGCAGCUCUCUCUCUGUCCGCUACAUUUACCUGUCUUUGUCCAUGCCUCCAGAGGUUUUAAAGGGAAAGUCGUAGUGUUUACACCACGGAAGCUUUGUAAUUUUUUUGGUCAAAGGGAGAGAAGUUUCUGCAGCAUAACGUAACGAGGGUCCACUUCUCUUUUCUGGGAAGUCUCUGCAAGACGGAGCAGGGUAUUUAUAUGUGAAUUUUACAGACUGAGAUUUAUUUAUGAUAAGCUAUAUUGUUAACUUAUUUAUGGAAAGAAAUAAUGGAUACAGUGAGUCUUUAAAAAAAAAAAAGAAAAAGACAUUUUGUGUAUGUGUAUGUGUUUUUUCUCUAUCAGCUCAAAAGACUGUUUUCAUGUAGUCAGAUGGUUGUUCGUUCAUCUUUGUAAUCAUCGUAGACAUCAGUGCUUCAAGUAGGUUAUUGAGACACAGUUAUGUAGGCAUUGUAAGACUAUUCUAGGCAAGAAGAGAUUAACACCAUUAGCUACAGCUUAAUGGUCAGCAAAUUUAUGUAACCAAGGUCCUUUUGGACUUUAUUUAUAGAGGCGUAGGAGUUUUGGGAUUGAACUGCAGCUGUGUCCAGUGGUUAAAAAAAACCCAUCCUUGUUUAUAAGGAUAAAAGAAGCAAAAGUGUAAACAUCUUUUUAUAGGAACAACCAAAUGUGGAUGUAGUAUGUUCAGCCAAAUCUGUGGUUUUAUUGUCGUGUGGGGACUAGUGCUGCCUGAGGGGAUGUGACCCUACAAGAAGAGCUAUAUUUAGACUUAUUUUUGCCUCAGAUGUGGGAGCAAGACCACUUCAGGACUCAGCAUUGCUGCUGUUCCACAUGGUCUGAUCCUCAAGUCAGUAUUUAGCCCAGCAGUGGAUUUGCUCUGUGUGUUAUAGGACUUAAUUGCCUCAUUAUCACUGCAACCAAUUGGAUUGAGCAGAACGUUCCAAAUGGAGAAUCAGAUUAGCGUGAGGUGCAUGCGUCAAGGAAUUUGAGGAUUUCUUGGAUCCAAGAUGCCGAAGGGCAGCUUCAAGUGGCUUGCUUUUCAGAUAAUACACAAUGAAAUUAUUUUUAGAUAUGUGCCAAAAUGCCAUUCAAUCAGGUAAAGGGCAGGUUUGAGUUUGAGUCAGGUGUAAAACUCUAUAAAGAAUGGACGCGCCUCCACUUCCUCCCACUGUACAAAAGUGAAGCCAAAAUAUCCGCUGCCAUCUUGUGCAGUAGUGAACUACGGUAUAAAGUUCCCACCCAGACACCUACCUGACCCAAUCAGAGCACAAUACCAGCUGUCAGUCAUGACGUCACAUCCUCAAAAAGAACUACCUAAAAUGACAGAAGCCAUCUUUUCAUCCAAUUUAUUUUACCUUUGAGUUUUUAGUUUAGCUCCCGUGCCAUCCAAUAGUAUGGAGGGGGCGGGGUGUAUGACAUAUACUGCAGCCAGCCACCAGGGAGCAAUCAAGAUGUUUUGGCUUCACUUAUGGGUAGCUGCCAGGCUGUCCAUCUUUAUACACAGUCUAUGGUUAAAGGUUACAUUAAUGCAGUAUUGAGAUAAAACUUGCCCCAUGUGUCGCUACCUAAAAGUCUUAAAACUACUUUAAAACACCUUUAUGAAAACAUCAAGUCCCGGAGGACGGACCUCAAACAAACACUUUUUAUUUUUGACACCACCCUUUGCUCUACUUACCAUGUUGUACUGCAUGACUGAAAUGGUGAUCUUUGCACUGUGUGACAGCUCUCACUUUGAGGCAGAUAUCUGGUUGUUACGUCCCCCGGUGCAUGAUGUAAUCUGAAACAUCAACCUCUUCUUUUCUUUGUUUUUUUAUGGGCAGAUUCUUACUUGAUUUAAUGUGAGUUUGUUUACUUGCACAUUUGAAUAUUCCCGAUUGGAUUCGGGACUUUGAAGUUUUACUGUUUGAGGUGUUUCGGUGUAAACACCAAAACCCCCUUUUUCCAAUAGCCUGAAUAUUGUAAUGUCCCAAUGUUACAAUGCUGGUGUUAGCCAGGAUAGUUUGGCAAGUAAAUGCCAUGUUAAUUGUUUUUUGCAAGUAUGUGUUAGUCUGUUUCCAUGGUAAUAAUAGUUGAAAUACUGUAUUCUGUUGUACAGGGGUUAUUUGUGUUCAGUAUGUGAAGCUGCCUAGAAACAGUUUCUCCUGCUCAGCCAGGAUACAAAUUCUUAGUUGGACUACUGUGUGCAUUUAAACACACUCCCUCAUCUUCUUCCAUUUAAUGCACUCUGAAUCUGAACCAAAGCAUUAACUUCAAGGUAGCUGCUCUAAGCUGCAUGAGAUAUUUCCUUUCAUGCAAAUAUGCAAAGAAAUGCUUCAUAUAUAUAGAUAUAUAUAUAUAUAUCACGUUUUUUGUUUUGUUUUGUUGGAUAAUUUUGUGUGUUUCCUCAAGAGAUUCUUUACAGGAUCUAUAAUAUCCAUAUCCAGCACAUUAUCAUGCUUGAAACUAUGCAUCUCUAUUUCGCUGUUUUGUUGCUACUGCCAUUUCACAAAGACCUCGCCAAAUGGGUCCAAAAAUAAAGCUUAAAAGGGCGUAACAUGGUAUACAUAUACUGUACUUUUCCCCUCAUAGCAUCAGCCACAAUGGAAAUAGCAAAGUAGAAUCCAUUGCCCGUAUGAAAAGCUGGAAUCCUUGAAACUCAACACUACAAAGCUCUUGUCUAACUUAGUUCGCAUGAGUUCCCCGUUGCUGCCUCAUUAAGCCUCUUUUCUUUUGUUUGGGUGUAUUAAUAGCUCAAGUGGAGGAAGAGGAAAAGUGUCCUAUAUUGAGCUCCCCUCUGGGAGACAGGCUCUAUUAGCUGAUGUGCUGCAGUGCUGUUUGUUCCAAAGAAAAUACCGUACUCCACACUGCCUCUGCGGGACCCAGCUCACUUCUCUUUGUAGGGAAAAUAACAGAGUAUCACAGGAAAGGGUUGGUUUAGUGCCGACGUCUCUCGGGGGCAGAUUUUUUAAAACUAGGUUUCCCCCCUUUGAUGAACAACUUGUUCAGUGUGCCACUAUGAGGAAGAGCCGAGGGAGAGAGGCCAGUUUUGAUACAUGUUUCUUUGAUACAUUUUUGUUUUUUGGUUCCCUGGAAAUGAAUGAAAGUUCCUUUUUCUGUCUAUAGUGCUUCCUUUUUUCUGCUUCUCUCUGAGUUAUUUUUGAAAGUACCCCGCCUGAUGAGAUAUCCCUUUGUACCUUUUUGCAACAUUAAUUAGAGGGCUGGUAGUUUGAACUGAUUUGUAUGAACCAGUGACUGCUGUUAGAGUCAAAGGAUUAGACUUUGGAUUUUCCUGUGUGCUUCUGUACUUCUGUCAGAUGUGGGUGCCAAAGCGGCUUCUCACUUCAGUGCUUUUGUGCAUGUUUUGUCUGUGACAGUGAUGAUUUUCUAGACAGACGCUGUGACUUGUGUGGCUCUUUUUCGGUCAGCUAUCAGUAUGGGAUCGUACGGAGCUGUCCGCGGUGCUGAAGUGACCAAACUUUUGGUGCUGCUGCAAAAACAAGUUGCUUUCCACAAUGACCCGUAAAUAUGUGAUUCUUUGUAAAAGCAGUGAUUCCCAACCAGGCGUACUUGUCCACUGAGCGUUACAUUUGCAGCUGCCAGGGGGCAUCUGGAUCAUUUUAAGAUCUAGAAAUUAGAUUGCUGAGGAGGAAAACAAACACAAAUAGGAUUACAAUUUGGUUUGAGGCUGUAUGAGACUUCCUCUUCCAUGUCAUUGUUUACAGUCCAAUUAGCAACUUCACUGACACUUUUUGGUCAGUGUUUAAGGUCCAGAUGACGUUUUGGUUUAUCUCUAUAAAGAUAUCCGCACAUGAGUAUAGAUAAAUACGAAAACAAAGCUUAUAACAUGCUGAUGCGUUCAGAGAUUGCAUUUUGGCCACAGUUUUCCACACAAACCUCAGAUAUUCUUCACACAAACUGUUUACCUGCAGAUCUGAUCAUUUGCUUGAAGUGAUGUCACUUCGGCAGGUCAGCCGUCAGUUGAAUAAAGGUUUUUAUAUUGAGUUUGAAGUUUAUAAGUGAGCUUACUGGAUCAGAAACUAUAACAUUUUGUGUAAAUGGGUGCACUUAUAAAGACAUCCACACGAGUGUAAGUCGACUAAGAUUUUUUUAAGUCAAGGACAGCCCUACAUUCAGGUUUAUAUAAACUUAAAUAUUUACAUAUACUGCACGGUAAUUUCAGACAAAUGGUUGGGAACCACUGCUUUAAUAUCAGUUCACUCAAAUUUUAUAAACAUGUUGUCAAAAGUUGUCAUAGGAGCAUUUUCUCCAGGAGAAGGUGGUUUAAAUGUUGAAAAUAUAGUGAAUUAUACGUAGUAACUGGGACAAUGGUCCUCAUUCAAGAGACACUUGAACAUGGACAGAUUGGUUCUUAAGUGGCAUGUACAAGUUAUUAAGGUGUUUGCCGAUUCGCCCUAUUCCAUGUUUUUUUAUUUUGUCUUUGGCACAAACACUAUUUAUAAGUGAUCCAGACCUGUUGUAGGAGUCAUGCGCAGUUCUUCACUUGUAUAUUGUAUAUUUAUUUAUAUCUACUAUGGCAAAUCCUUUGUAAAUUAUGGAAUAAAAGUGGAAGAAAGUUAAGAUAAAAAUAUGAAAAUGUUCUUGCAUUAGGCGUAUUGUUUCUCUAAAUAAAAAAAGCCAUUGUCAUUUCCUAACUUGACAACAUAAAACCAAAGCUAGAUACCACUCAUUGUCAGAAAAUACUGUAUGUUUAUUUAAAAUUUGGGUGAACUGAUUCUUUAAUGAUCCACAUUGAGGAAAUUAUAUUUUUCUUACCCUUUCCAGAGAGGUCAAAGCACACGGUCAGCUACAGACUGACCUGUUGUCUUGCUCAAAGACAAUUCUGAGGCAACAUUGGGACUUGAACGUGUUUUUGAAUUUAUUACUCAGCCCGGUGUUGCUCUAUACAGAGAUUAAUGCUCCAUGAAAAGGUUUUUGUAUUAAUGAGUCAUUAAGUCAUUCAGUGCUCAUGCCAACCUGCCAUCCGUCACCAUCAUGCAUGUGCUUCUGCUUUAUUCCUCUCACUGUUUCUCAGAUUUCAUAUUCUUUUCAUAUCGUUACUGAAGCGUGUCAAAAAGUACUGUAGCAGUGAUUCCCUUUGAGAUUGGUCGAUAUUAAACUAUUAAAAAAAAACUUUAAAAAAAACAACACGCAAUCAAGCUUUAAAGGCAAAACUUUGCACUUGUAUGUUAUUUUUAAUCAUGCGAUUGUUUUUGUUUUUUGUAAGAAAAAAAAGAGAGAAAAAUGUCCGUUUUGUUUUCGUGCAGGUUCAGAUGUUCAACCUAUUCAUCCGUUUGUUCGUGUUUUCUGGCUUUUUCAGCCAACAUUUCUGAGUCGAUACUAUAAUAUAAACCUCAACACCGAAUAGUACUUUUACUGCAAGGAUACACCAUGUGCAUACCUGCUUUUUUAGGGCACUGUGAACAUCAUCAUUCAGGUCUUUAGGCACACCAUUGAUAUUAUGAGGGAAAAAAACAACCUUUGCUUCAAUAAAUGCUUUACUUAGUGGCUGAAUACAUCUGUACAUUUAAUAAGGAGUCUUUUAAAAGACCUUUGGCUUCAUUGUAUUUUCAAGUGUAUUACUGAAGAUAUUUUGUGAUACCAGGAUUUGUGUGUACGAGUUGUCAGAAAGGACAAUAAAUAUACAAUUUCCUGUC